GUGCAUACAUAAACAUAUUAACAUCACUGAUUAUAAGAUACUGAUUAUAAGGUAGCGAGGAGUAUCCUCCUGAGAGGAAAAGGAUAGCAUGAAUUUACUUGUGUUUCCGUCUUUUUCUGACACACGCGUGAUGCAAUUUCAAGUUAUUAAAGUUAUUAAAGUCAAUAAGUUCUGACGUGUGCUUUUUAGAAUACUUAAUAAGGAAAGAUUUGCAUUUUGUCGAGAAGAUUUGUAUUUUGUAGCUCUGACUACAUCAAGAAUCUUCUAUACUUAUGUGCUAAAACAGUGGAAUUUUUGAGCGAAAUUAUUAUGACACCUGUCAUAUAAUCAUAUCUUGAAUAAAUCUGAUAACAAAUGGAAUUAUAUCCACCGCCACUAGUCUCGGAAUGUGAAUAUACGACACGAUUUGCGUGACAAAACGAACAAAAAAGUCAAGUCGAAACACCUGACAUACAUAUUUUAUUUGUAAGAUUUGUUAGAAUAUACUCCAGAUAGUUCUUCUAAGUGGAUAACAUAACACGAUGACGAUACCGCUGGUCGCCGCAUUAUUUUUCAAUUAAAUGAGUGCAGUUCUAUUGAGUGCGUUAAGGUGUUUGCGUCUCUAAACCUUCCUUUAUUUGCAUUGUUUUAUCACUACUUGUUUUAUCGAUUUCCCACUAGGUCAGUCUACAGAAUUGUAGUAACAUCGCGCACGCGAUAAUGUGCGAUAAAACGAAUGAGAAUCUUUUUUUUUAAUCCUACGAGGAAAUAAAUAUGUACAAUACAGAAUCGCGUCGGUUGACUGGUGAAGAGAAGUUUCUAAAAGAAUCUGUUGAAAAAGAUUUUCACUCAAACAAUGAUACUCAAACAAUAUCGCAAAGAUAUUCUAAUAUUGUUGAAUGUAAAAGCUUAUUAAUGCCGAUAAAUCAACCUGAAAAUAAUCACCCUAUUGCGCCUACGAAUGAAAAAGCAGAAAUAGGACAAGAAAUACAGGGUGAAAAAUAUAAGAAUAAUGAGACAGUACCAGAUAUCAACGAUACGUCGGAAAAUAAUACACAGGAAGACAAUAUUUGUAUAUGCAAUGAAGAAGCUCAUGGAGAAAUCAAACCGACAAAAAAGAUAGAGAAAAGAAGAAAACGAACGUUUUCUUUACUCGACACAUUAAUCUCCUUGAAUAUAAUCGGUCCUUUAGCGGUCAGCUUUUGGAGGGGAGGAUGGACAUGGAUGGAUCUUCAUGCGCAAUUGUUUUCCGGCUGGCUUUGUUUUAUAUUCGGCGCCAUGUUACAUGCAACAUUCGCAAUUUUCAAAUAUCGAUUUCACGAUAUUUACAUGAACAAGUGGGCUAAAUUAAAUUGGCAAAAGCGACUGCCUUAUUACGUGUUACGAAUUCUGUACACUUACAUCUUCGGAGUGGCGUGCAUCACGCAUUGGCGGGGUGGUUGGAUCAUCAUUGAUAAUUAUCUAUUGACUCACGUGUGGAUAACAACGUCUUUGAUAUGUUUACUGCUGGUGUGCUUGGUGGUUCUACGUUGCGUUCGGAACUUAAUAGCAACCCCAAUGAUAAUCUUCAUCGAUAUACCGAAUUACGUUUUUCGAUUUCCUACGAGAUAUAAAGUGUAUAAUGUGCUGUGUGGAUUCAAAAAUAAUCAUGAGUGAAGAGCGAUCACAGGGGAUGAAGCAUUUAAUUUCAUAUCUUUCGUAAUUAUUCGAGAUGACAGUGAAUUUUAUGCCCUUGACGAGACUUGUCGGGAUGAAUUAAUGAACGAAGGUGAGAAGAUGUUAUAAUCCAAGCUUGAUUGGAGCACAAAAAAGGAGUCGAUUAGCGACGACUUUGGCUAAAGCGUCAAUGGUUAAAUGAGUAUACGUCAAUGGC